AUGUCAACUUUAUUACAAGGAACUAAAGAAACAAAUAUUGUAAUUGAUUACGACGGUAAUAGCAGUGGAAAUGAUUUCGUAGCAAACCUGUUAAAUCAGAGUAGCAAUAGUAGUGCAGCUGCUGGCCAAGGUGUGUCGACGUCUUCAUUUACAUCAUCGGUUACCACAGCAACCAACUCAUUUGUGGCCGCACAGAAUCUAAAUAGAGAAGAGAAGGUCUACAAUCUAAUGAAGAUAUGCGAACCACAUAUUGAUCGUCUCUACGAGUGUGAAAUGUCCAAUGGCAUCAAUAGCGAUCUUUGUAAUCAGUUCCAAAUGAACCUACAUAACUGCAUGACUGGAAACCUUUGUCCAAGCGAACAGGAGCUUAAAGAUGCCAACUGCGACCAACUUCAUCUACGCUUUGGUGGUAUCGACCAAUUGAAUCGUUGUCUACAACUAAAUAAACGUCUUAACAAUUGUCUUGAUAAUUCACUCAACACAAUAUGGUCUACACCUCUUAGCAUACAACAACAACAACAACAACAACAACAACAAGCAACAAUCAACAACAAAUAA